AGCUAUCAUACAAUUUGACACCAACAUUUAAGCUCUGAAAAUUGUUAUCAUUUAUUACAUUCUGGGUGUCACAUGUUCUCCAACCUUUCCAAUUUCUUAUAAUACAAAACAGGGUUAGCCAAUUUUAAAAUUAAAAAAAAAAAAUGCUUCUGUUAUUGAUAAUUGCCUAAGCUGUUUCUUCCUUUCCUUCUUCAGAAUGAAGAACAAAUUUUGGUAUUUUGAGUUUGGCACGUCUGAGACUUUCUCAGCCACCUGCAAGAAGCUACAUGAAUCUGUAGAAAUAGAAUGCGAUGGAGUACAGAUAGAUUUAAUAAACAUCUCUCUGGAAGGAAUUGCUAUUUUGAACAUACCGAGCAUGCAUGGAGGAUCCAAUCUUUGGGGAGAGUCUAAGAAAAGAAGAAGCCAUCGCCGAAUAGAAAAAAAAGGGUCUGACAAAAGGACCACGCUCACAGAUGCCAAAGAGUUGAAGUUUGCAAGUCAAGACCUGAGUGACCAGCUGUUGGAGGUGGUUGGCCUGGAAGGAGCCAUGGAGAUGGGGCAGAUAUACACUGGUCUAAAAAGUGCUGGACGGCGGCUGGCUCAAUGCUCCUCUGUGGUCAUCAGGUAGAUUUUUCUUUAUAACUGUGGAAGGGGUUUGACAUGGCAUAAGACAAAUUAAUUAAAAAUUAUGGAAGGCUCUGAUUGUGACAUGGGUCUUUUCUUGUACCUCAGAUGAUCAAUAAUUAAUACUGACAUAUUCAAAAAGAAUGGAAGUAGGAAAAUUUUACAAAUUACUGGUUAGCUAUUACCUAUGAGGUUCAUUGGAAUUCAGUUCUCCCUUGCUGGUUUCCACCGAUGCAACAAUUGUAAUGGAAGCUCUGGUGGCAUAGUGGAUAAGUACUAUGGCUGCUAACCAAAAGGUUGGCAGUUCAAAUCCACCAGGCACU